CAGUGGGUUUUACGUAGUUAUUCCAUGGAACCACUGUAAGCGUUAUAGUUUUCCGGUAGAUUGUUUGAGGGAAAAAGAUUUUAUUUUUUGCCUACUCUUGACUUUUUCAAUGUACUUUCGCGAAUAACUCCGAUGCAAAAUGGCUGACGACGCCCGUUCCAGUUGGCUCGCGGCAGCAUCAGACAUCUAGCCUUAUACAUUAUGUCGGGGACCUUACCUCUUCUACGCAUGCGCACCGCAGUUAUUGCGGCCAGCUUCCUUCGCGGGUAAAUUGACGGAGAAGAUAUGAAGAUUUAUUUUUGCGCGAGCAUCCGUGGCGGAAGGGAGGACGCGCCCGUGUACGAGCACAUCGUUAAGACGCUAGGAAAGUUCGGCGAAGUUCUGACGGAGCACGUGGGAGACCGCCACCUCACCGACACAGGUGAGGGGCUACAGGACGGCGCCAUCCACGAUCGGGACCUGGUGUGGCUGAGACAAGCCGAUGCGGUGGUCGCUGAGGUGACGCAGCCGUCGCUGGGCGUGGGCUACGAGCUGGGUCACGCUUACCUGCUGGAGAAGAAAAUCCUCUGUCUCUUCAGACCGUCGUCGGGCCGGAGGUUGUCGGCCAUGAUCAGAGGAGCGGCGGACGGCGAGCGGGUCCAGGUGAUCGAUUAUCACGGCCUGGACGACGUGAACGAGAUUUUGGAGCGCUUCUUUAAAAUGGAAGCUCGCUGAAUUCAGCUUGCAGGUCUUACAAUAUAAAUGAGUGUCCUUCUUUCCGCACAACUAAGCUGUGUGUGUCUGUAAAUCAUCCAGUGGGGAGAACAAGUAUUUGAUACACUGCCAAUGGGUUUUCCCAUUGACAGUGUAUUUCCUGUUGAUUUUGGGUUAUCAAACAGGAGAUAUGUCCCAAAAUGAACAGAAAGGUUUGGUCAAAGGGCGACUUGAAGCCCCAGAGGAUCAGAAUAGCGUCAAAACCAUCGCGUUUUUAAAAAUGUUUUUUUUUCUUAAAUUAUUAACUCAUCGGCUGCCAUUGACUGCGAUUGACGUCCAUUUCGACCGUGAGGGCAUUCCAUCGAAUGACUACAGAACAAGCUUGUGUAGCUUAGGCUAAUGUCAAUUUUCAGUGAACUUUUUCAAUCCAGUGAAUUCAUUAAAGUUGAAUUGUUCAGAGGCAGAAAAAUUGUCGUCGGCUGCCAUCGACAUUUAAUACAUUUCGUCAAAUUGGAUUGGACGUCCAUGAGUUAACAAGCAACAAAAUAAUCCAGAGGUAUAACAAAAUUGCAAUAAAUUUGAACGUUUGCAGAAAGCAACAGCAAAAAAAAAAAAAAAAAAAAAAAAAAAAAAAAAGUCAAAAUCCCAACCAAGGCUUAAUUUAUUACAUUAGAUAUAUGUAUAUAUACAUGUUGAAAUCAAUGUAGGAAACUAGAAUCUCCCCGUUUUACAUAAACUUUUAUAGGUAUAUGGCGGAAAACACAGACAAGACUAAGAAAGCAGUUUUUGCUCUUGCACUCCUCUUUAAAAGAAACUGCUGUAUUUUAAGCCAAAACAACUGUUGUGUUUCAUAGAACAAUAUGUUUAUAUGCUGCCAUUGCAGAUUCAUGGCGGAUUUAGCCCCCGAACUAUUUUUUUAUUUGUCCGUUUUACCUUGGAAACCCCCGUGUACAGACGUCGCGAAAGCCAUAAAAAGGGAAGUAAUUAUGUUAUUCAAAAUGUCUGUCAUUUUUAGCUUAGUAUCAUUAAUUGAUGUCUAAUACUUCGUUUUAAAAAAAAACUAAUUUAAAAAAUUAUUCACUCGUAUAUUUUAAACUUUUAAACAAAUUACAUCACAAUGAAAAAAUUGGCGUCUGUAAAAAAGUCACGGAUAUCUACCUUAUAACUAUCGCUUAAUUGUAUUUUUUUUUCAUUACGAUCGCUUUUUUCCCAGUAUUUUAGAUGAUAAAAAUAAUCGAUCCAAGCAAAGAAAAAUUGAAAAAAAGAAAGUUUAGAAGGGUAAAUAUAUGAAAAUCAAAAUCUCGAUUACUGUUAUUGUCCGCGAUUUCUGCAUCGUGACUCUUGUUAUAUUACCAUGUUUACCCAUAAAAUCCCCCAAUAAUCCAGCUGUGUGUGGCCAUUCACGUCUGUGUCUUGACACUCGAUGAUGCACGCUACAUGGAGUUUUUGGAUUAAAACAAAGUAAGUACGCGAUAAUAUCUCGUUAAUAUCAUGGCGUCUUUAAAGCUGCUCUCGCGUGCUCUCACCUCCAGUUAGGGUUUUGCAUAAAAUUUUUAUUAUUUU